AUGGCAGCAGUGGGUGAUGAAGAUCUCACAAAGGCGUUUUCCUCAGAGGCGGACACUGUUACUACACGAACCACUGCGUUCGCGUUGAAGGCUGCUGCAAAGUUGUUGGUAUCUAGGAACGACGAUGUAGUCCCACUACCCGGUCAGCCCGAUGCCUUGCUUCGAUCUCUUGUCGAGGCCUGCCAAAAAACGGUGAAGGAUGGUCCUCCACCAGAAUUCUUCCCUCUGCCAAGGCAUAUGAAGAG